CAUUGACUUCACUCCCCAGUCCCUUCUCCUCCCCUCUCUCAUUCUUUUUUUGGUAAAAACCCUCUUCCCAAUUCCCACAACAAAAAAAGAAAAGAAAAUUCUAGCCUAAUCUUGGAUUAAUAAAACCCACUUAGUUGGCUCUACUUCCCUCCUUCCUCUCGAGGUUGGCCAGAUAGCGGUUUGGAUAGCGUUGGGAAAAGAAUGCAGCAAUGGCGGCCAGAGAACCCGGCAAUGACCUCCGACGAGGUAUCCAUGGAGAGGAGCAAGGGCUUCGUCAUGGCCUUGCAGGAACUGAAGAACUUGAGGCCUCAGCUUUACUCUGCUGCCGAGUAUUGUGAAAACUCUUACCUUCACAAUGAACAGAAACAGAUGGUCCUGGAUAAUCUGAAAGAUUAUGCUGUUCAAGCCCUUGUCAAUGCAGUAGAUCACCUUGGUACUGUUGCUUACAAGUUGACAGACCUGUUUGAACAGCAAACAUUGGAUGUUUCAACUGUGGGGCUAAAGAUUUCAUGUCUGAACCAGAAAAUUCUUACUUGCCAAAAAUACACUGAUAAAGAGGGUAUUAGGCAGCAGCGAAUGUUCACAAAUACCGCAAGAUAUCACAAACAUUACAUUCUACCAAAUUCUGUCAGCAGAAGAAUGCAGAGUAGUCCACAACUACAAACUGAUGUUAAUUUAAUUCAUGUGCAAGCAAAACCUCGUCCUCAUUCUUCAGGCAGCCCUGCAUCAAAAACUCUUUCCUGGCAUCUAGCCUCUGAGACCAACUCUGCAUCAGAUCGAGCACCUCAUGCAGUACCAAGCACUGGAAAUGUUAAAGCUCCCAAGAUAACUGCUGAAGUCUUCCAUCUUUUGAAUGCAGAAGACACUGCUGCACCAAUGCCCUUAUCAACUCAUCUUCAGUCAGCUAGUUCCAAUCCCACUUCUUCUCUGGGUUUGCACUCAUUUGGCAUUAGGGAUCCUGUGGAGCCUUCAAAACCUUUAAUCACAUUCAGAUCCUUUGACAACCCUGGACGGCUUCAAAUUUAUCGGCCUCCUGUUCGCAGUAAGAGCUUGCUGUCAGCAUUUUUUGCCAAAAACAAAUCCUUAAAGCCAAGAAAAGCUCCCGUCUUGUGAUGGUUUUCUUCACAAACCUACAGACUCGACCUGCCAGAUUUGCUGGUUGAGUGUUGUUGCAAAUAACCCUAAUUGGUGAUGUAGUCAGUGCUUGUACUCUGUUCAACAUUCUGUGAUUGUUGGAUGUAUUUAUCUAUUAACUGGUUGUGGUUGUGUGACUGCUUUGUCACUUUAUAUCUCUAGGUCUUUUGCAGCAUGACCUAGUAGAUGAGGUGUUGCAAAUCUUAGGAGUAAUUUUGUGUGAUAUUUCAUUAUUGUAAAGGGGCUUGAACUACUCUAUCAAGAUGCCAGAAACAGCUAAGAUAUUGUUGUCUAAUUCUUGAGAAUUUGUCCUUGUAUUAGAGCUGGCUCAAGUCUCGCAUAUCUAUUUCUAUAGAUUUAGUUAUAUUUGAAGGCUA